GAAAGCCGGGGGCGUUGUGGGAGCAGCAGCCAUGGCAGCGACGGUGGCGGGGAUGGCUGCUCCUCGGUCGGCCUUGUGGGGUCUGCUGAGGCGCUGGUACCGAACGGAGCGAGGCGUUUACGGCUACAGGCCCAAGCGACGCCAGGCCCUGGAGCAGCCCGCUCUCCCCCGGAGGAGGAGGGCAGUUGACCAUGGGCUAGCACGGCUUGUAACCGCAUACCAUGAACAUGGCCACAAAGCUGCCAAAAUCAACCCUUUAUUCACUGGCCAAGCUGUGAUGGAUAUGGUACCAGAAAUCCAAGUUCUGACAGAACUGCUGCAGGGACCUUUCAAUACUGCAGGACUUUUGAACAUGGGAAAGGAAGAAGCAUCCCUAGAGGAUGUAUUGUCUUACCUGGACCAUAUAUUCUGUGAACAUAUGUCUAUAGAGACUAGUCAGCUGUCAACUUUGCAAGAAAGGGAAUGGAUUGCUAAACGGUUUGAGGAGCUGAAACAAGAAGCAUUCACUACUGAAGAGAAAAAGUACUUGUCCAAGAUCAUGCUAGAAUCUCAGGAAUUUGAUCAUUUUUUGGCUACAAAAUUCUCCACAGUGAAAAGAUAUGGUGGUGAAGGAGCAGAGAGUAUGAUGGGUUUCUUUCAUGAACUGUUAAAGAUGUGCUCAUAUAGUGGGGUGACAAACAUUAUUCUUGGAAUGCCUCAUCGCGGCAGACUUAAUCUGCUCACAGGCCUUCUUCAGUUUCCACCCGAGCUGAUGUUCCGUAAAAUGCGAGGCUUGAGUGAAUUUCCAGAGAAUUCACCAGCAAUUGGAGAUGUCUUAUCCCAUCUAACAGCUUCAGUAGAUCUGGAUUUUGGGUCUCACCACCCUCUUCAUGUCAUCUUAUUGCCAAAUCCUUCCCAUUUAGAAGCCAUUAAUCCUGUGGCAGUUGGAAAAACAAGAGGGAGGCAACAAUCUCUGCUUGAUGGAGAUUAUUCUUCAGACAGUUCUGCACAACCUGGAGACAAAGUCAUUUGCCUGCAGGUUCAUGGUGAUGCUUCUUUCUCUGGUCAAGGCAUUGUUCCUGAAACAUUCACACUUUCCAAUUUGCCACAUUUUAGAGUUGGCGGAAGCAUUCACCUCAUCGUUAACAACCAGCUAGGCUACACCACUCCAGCAGAGCGAGGGAGGUCCUCUUUAUACUGCAGUGAUAUUGGUAAGAUAGUUGGCUGUGCUGUUAUCCAUGUGAAUGGGGAUGACCCUGAAGAAGUAAUCCGGGCCGCACGAUUGGCGGUUGAAUACCAGCGCCACUUUCGUAAGGAUGUGAUAGUGGAUUUGUUAUGCUACCGCCAGUGGGGUCACAAUGAGUUAGAUGAGCCAUUCUUCACUAAUCCUACCAUGUAUAAAAUCAUAAGAUCCCGUAAGAGUAUUCCAGACAAUUAUGCAGAACGUCUAGUAACUCAGGGACUCAUGACGGAGGAAGAAGUGUCUGAGAUAAAGACAACCUAUUACUCUAAGCUGAAUGAGCAUCUUGCCAAUAUGACUUUGUACACCCCUCCAACAAGCAAUCUUCAAGGUCACUGGAGUAACAUGGUGGAACCAUCAGCAAAGAUCACCACAUGGGAUACAGGCAUACCUGUUCCACUCCUUCAGUUUGUUGGGGUGAAGUCUGUGGAAGUACCAGAGGAAAUGGAACUGCACAGCCAUAUCCUGAAGACACAUGCCCAGUCAAGAAUACUGAAAAUGGAAGAAGGAGUAAAAUUAGACUGGGCCACAGCUGAAGCAUUAGCUUUUGGUUCCCUACUCUGUCAAGGUUUCAACAUUCGGCUGAGUGGGCAAGAUGUUGGUAGAGGAACUUUCAGCCAGCGACAUGCAAUGUUGGUUUGCCAAGAGACAAGUGAAACCUACAUUCCUUUGAAUCACAUGGCAGAAGAUCAGGAAGGCUUCCUUGAGGUGAGCAAUAGCCCCCUCUCAGAAGAAGCAGUGCUUGGAUUUGAGUAUGGAAUGAGUAUUGAAAGCCCCACCUUGUUGCCCAUUUGGGAGGCUCAGUUUGGAGAUUUCUUUAAUGGUGCUCAGAUAAUAUUUGAUACAUUUAUCUCUGGAGGUGAAGCAAAAUGGCUUCUGCAGAGUGGAAUAGUAAUUCUUCUUCCUCAUGGCUAUGAUGGUGCAGGACCAGAGCAUUCUUCUUGCCGAAUUGAACGAUUCUUGCAGAUGUGUGACAGUUCAGAGGAGGGAGUUGAUGGUGACCAUGUCAACAUGUCUGUUGUACAUCCAACAACCCCAGCACAAUAUUUCCACUUACUCCGUAGACAGAUGGUCCGAAAUUUCCGGAAACCACUAAUAGUUGCUGCUCCCAAAAUUCUCCUCCGGUUGCCCGCUGCUGUGUCAAGCUUACAAGAAAUGGCUCCAGGGACAAUGUUCAGACCUGUCAUUGGUGAUUCAACGGUGGAUCCUAAAAAUGUCAGCAGAGUGGUCCUUUGUUCUGGGAAACAUUACUAUGCUCUGGCUAAACACCGGGAGACGCUUGAAGAAAAGAAGCAAAAUACUGCAGUAAUCAGACUAGAAGAGCUGUGUCCUUUCCCAUUAGAUGCUUUGCAGCAAGAAAUGAACAAAUUUACAAAUGCCAAAGCAUUUAUCUGGAGUCAGGAGGAGCCACAGAACAUGGGUCCCUGGACAUUUGUGUCCCCAAGGUUUGAGAAGCAGCUGGCCUGUAAGCUCCAUCUUGUAAGCAGACCAGCCCUACCAGCACCUGCAGUUGGCAUUGGAACACUACACCAAAAACAACAGGAAGAUCUGCUCGCCAAAACAUUUGCUUGAGAUCUAUGUACCUUGCAAUUUUGUAGAGUUUUUAAGAAAGAUCAUGCAAGCAAGAAGAUUGAUAAGCUUGAACUUGCUUUUGAGGUGUGCUGCUUAAAAUCAUUGGAUGCAAUUCACCCAAAGUUUAAAUGGUGUUUAAACCUCAUUCCAUGCUAUGGAAAUGAAUGGAACUGGAUCUCCUCAGCUGAGGUUUGCUCCCUCAUAAAUGUGAUUUAAAUACAAAAUGUUUAAAUUGGGGAAAAAAAACCUUUAUAAAUCCCCUUAAAGCCAAGACUACACCUAUGGUGUUUUCCCACAGAUCAAGUAUCUGUUUUAUUUGUGUUCUGUUGAGGUAAUAGCAACCUUUGGGGCAUGAUUUAACUUAGAAAAACUGGUGUGUGAAUGUGUGUAUGUUAAAGACCUUGUUCUCCAAUAUCAAAGAUCCAACUGUGUUUACAGUAAUGAAUCCUAUUUAUUGGUUUCAAUUAGAUCAGACCCAUAAAAUCUUUUUGGGUGAGUCAACCUAUAGGUAGAGCCCAUUGAUUCAAUGGGUCUACUCUAAUUGGACUCAAGAAGGCCCAAGUGCCUAGCAGCUGCCUUAACUUUAAAAAUAAUUAUAAUAAUAAUCAGAUAAUAGAAUUAGAGAUCUCCCAUACCAUUUAUACUUGGUUUUUAAUAUUCAAAGAUUCCUGUCUGUUGCAUUCUGUUAACAGGCAUAGUGAAAUGAAAUGAAAUUUCUGUUUAAAGGACAUUCACGUUUUUCAAGCUACUGCUUUUUAAGAUGGGUAGGAAGAGAUCGGGGUAAAUAUAUGCCACUGUAAUAAAAACUGAAAUUUCGGGGUCA